AAUGGCUACAUAGAGGACGGCGAAUUGGAUUGUUUUUUGACUGAAUUCAUUGGCAGUGUGGCUAAGGGCGACGUCGGCGAUGAGGGUUUUUGUAGCUUCGAUACUGUCAGAAGCAUUAUACAGCAUGUUAUUAUGAUAUACGCUGAUGCAAUUCCUUUAGAUGUCAUCCAUACCUCUAUUACGACCUACCAUGCAUCUACUUUCACAGUUGGCUCGGAUACUAAACUGCAACUGUAUUUUGUUGGGAGUGUAUCGAAGGUUAAGGCAAGGGCUGUGACUGGUGGGAUUAUGAGAGACAAUAGCGAAGGAGGGGAGAGAAGAGAUUAA